AGUACUAUAACGCCUAACUACCUGAUAACUCAACGUCUAACGUGGGUCCGUGGUGCUCCUGCUCGGCCUCCGGGAACCACCGGGAACAGUGUGACGACUUCCUGGAAUAUUUCCAUGAUAACGUCUGCCUGAGUGAGUGACAGGGGCAGUCAACACACACUGAAGUUGUUGUAGCACUAUUGUAGGAACACUGUAGUAACCGUAGUAACACUAACACUGCCUACCAACCCGCCUUCAGCUUGUAGUACGACUGUCCAAAAUAACAUAACCUCUGCGCAAGGUGAAGAGGGGAAGGAGCAGAGGGUGAAGAGGGGAGGACGAGGAGAGAGGGGCGGAUCAGAGGGGAAGGGGGAGGCCGAGGGGAAGAGUGGUAGGAUCAUAGGGACGAGGGGAAGAGGGUGGAUGGUGGUAAUUUUAGGGGAAUAUUGGGAGUGUAUGUGACGGAGCGAGUAUUUUAAUCUGUUAUGAUCAUAUUGUAAGCAUUUUAGUAUCAGAGGGGAAGCGGUGGAGGAGCAGAUGGUAAAGGGGAUGAGGGGAGGGCAGAGGGGAAUAGGAAGAGGGUAGGACAAUGGGAAGAAUGGUAGGGUCAAGUGGGAGGAGCAGAUUUUAAUUUCAUAUUUUAAUAUUUACUUCUCAUCUUUUCCCUAUUUUAUUCUGCCUUCCUUUCCUUUUUCACUCGUUUCUUCUCCUGGUUUCCUCUUUCUUUGGAUCAUUCUUUUCACUCUUAUUCUUCUCCUCAUUUUACUCUUCUUUAUUAUUUUAUUAUGUUUAGGAUCAUAUUUUAAUAUUUUAUAUCAUAUGUUAAUUAAUAGUUUAUUUAUGCAAUUUUUAAAUAAUUUAUUAUCAUAUUUUAUAAUUUAUAUCAAUGGUAGUUUUAAUGUCCUCUUUCCUCUUUCUUCUCAGACUUGGUACGCGCCCUGCAUAUUGUAAGAUUAGUAUUAGCCGGAAUUGCGUGCGAAAUAUGGACUAGGAGUACCAUGGUGACAUAGUCAAGCUAGCCCCUCUUUGGGUUUUAUGGCCUGUUUGAAUUCAAAUCAAUGCCUUAUUAGUCGCCCUUUAUCUUCUGCAGUUUUGUGGUCAGAUCCUGUCUAUAGUGUCUAAUUCGUUCAUGUUUUUUUUUUUAUGUCUAUGUGGGCGGCCAGACUGAGUGUCCCCCACGAAAGUGGGACCGGGCGAGCUAAUCGGCGGCCUCCACAUCAAGGGGAGUGUUUUCCUGUUAUUCUUCUACAAACAUUUAUGGACUCCUAACUGUAAGGUCGCUCUGGAUAAAAGCAUCUUCUAAAAUGACUAAAAUUUCAACACACAAAAAAAAAAAUACACUAACCAGUGUUGUCUAGUGGAGGACAUAUGCCCCCAAAAUCUACUAUUAUUUCAAUUCACAGAUAGAAUGAACGAGAAGAUAUACGAGAGAGUCCCUAUAGAGAAUCACUCCAUCAUCAUACAAGCUUCCUUAUAGAGAUAAUCAACUCCAUCACGCACCUACAACAAAAACAGCUCCUUAUAGAGAUCAACAUCCAUCUCAUCCUACGCUCCUUAAGAAUCAUACUUAUCAUCAUCACUACCACAAUACAGCUCCUUAUAUAGAUCAACUCCUCAUCAUCUACCACGCUCCUUAUAGAUCAACUCACUCCCUCAUCACUAACAGCUUCCUUGUGGUCAACGCCUCAUCACUACAGCUCCUUAUAGAGAUCAACUCCAUCAUCACUACAGCUCCUUAUAGAGAUCAACUCCAUCAUCACUACAGCUCCUUAUAGAGAUCAACUCCAUCAUCACUACAGCUCCUUAUAGAGAACAAACACCAUUGUAAAUCAGAAACCCAUAUUUAUGUUUACUAUUUAGUUUCCCAUUUGUACUUUAACUAUUUGCACAUUGUUAGCAACACUAUAUAUAUAAGAGACAUAAUAUACAUUAUGACAUGUCUUCUAUUAUUUUGGAACUGCUGUGAUGUACUGUUUACGGUUAAUAUUUAUUGCUUUUUCACUUUGUUAAUAUCUAUUUCCCUUCCCUUCUUUGGCAAGGAACAAUGUUUCCCUGCCAAUAAUCCCUUAAUUGAAAUGGAAAUGUAAUUGAGAGAGAAGGGUUAUAUAGCCAUAGCUGAUAAAGAUAGCUAGCUGAGAUAGAUAUAGAUAUACGAUAGAUCGUUAAGAUAGUAGAGAGAGCGUUAUAUAGUAUAAUAGGGAUAUUAUCGUUUAUAGAGAGAAUAUAUAGAGGAUAGCGUUAGUAGAGUAUAGAGAGAGAUAGAUCGUUAUGAUAGAAGAGAGAUCUCUCUCAUUCUCUCCCUCUCUCUCCCCUCCCUCCGACUCCUUCCUCUUUCCUCUCUCUCUCUUCUUUCUCUGCUUCUCGUUCUCUCUCUCUGUCUCUCUCUCUCUUCCCUCUUUUCUGCUCUCUCCUCUCUCCAUCUCUUCUCUUCUCCUCUCUCCCUCUCUUCUCCUCUGCACGUCGUUUCUCUUUUUCCUACUAUAUAGCAAUAUGGACAUACAAAGACGACAGGAAUAAGUGGAGGGGUCUGGGAAGAAACGGGCCGAAGGGAAGAGGGAGGUGUGGGUAUAUAUAUUUCUUGUUAUGAGGAUCGUGCGCUUUGUCGGGUUAAAGAUUGAAAUUAGAUUUUACUUUGACAUCGUUGGCCUUUGAUGGCUUUGUAAUUCAGUUAAUUGUGUUUCCUACUGCAGAGGUAAUGAGCUGGACAGAGAUAGAAGGAUGCAUCCCAAUGUCCCCUUUAUAGUGCGCUCCGGCUCAUAGGGCUCUGGUCAGAAGUAGCGCACUAUGUAUGGAAUAGGGUGCCAUUUGGGACACAGGCAGAAAAUAACACACUGGUUAAACGCAGCCGUCGGCAGUCAGGGAGAGAAAACGCUGAAAAACUAAAGCUGUUCAUUCAGGUUUAAAAACAUCUGUCACCCAGCUCCUGCAUCCUCAUCAUGGUUCUAAACAUAUAAUAUAAUAUAAUAAUAUGUUUUAAUAACUAACUCACCUCACUCGGGUUCUCCUGGUUUUAAGUCUAGAUGUGUCAGUGAAAAUGUCAAGACAGAUAGAGUUGAAUUUGGGGGUUUCUGGGUUGACUCACACAGUCUAUACAGUCCCUGACAGGGUUGCUAAAGCUACCAGGAAUUUACCAAAGUUACCGGAAUCUUCUGUAAUUUUGGUCAUUAUGAUUUUACCAAAAUUCUGGUAGUUUACUGGUAAACUUUGAAAGGGUUUCUUUUCCCUUUGCAACCCCAGUCCUGAUUGUCUGUCUUGGAGAACUUGAAUGGGAUGUGUUGUACAGCCGAAAGAUUUCCUGGAGCCUAUAGCUGAGGGGAUGGAUGAAGAGAGCCUGAAGCAUUCUGUUAACCAGAACCAUUCUACUACAGCCCUCAGAGCCCUGGAGCUGUGGGGAUGGUAGCUGAGGGGAUGGUAGCUGAGGGGAUGGUAGCUGAGGGGAUGGUAGCUGAGGGGGAUGGUAGCUGAGGGGAAUGGUAGCUCAGGUAUAGACUGAGGGGGAUGGUAAUCUGAUGGGAAUGGUAGCUGAUGGGGAUGGUAGCCUUGUGGGGAUGGUAGCUGUGGGGAUGUAGCUGAGGGACGGGGUAGCUGAGGGGAUGGUGCUGGGGGGAGGGUAGCUGAGGGAUGGUAGCUGAGGGAUGGUGGUAGCUGAGGGGAUGGUACUGAGGGGAUGGAGCGGGAGGGGAUGGUAGCUGAGGGGAUGGUAGCUGAGGGGAUGGUAGCUGAGGGGAUGGUAGCUGAGGGGAUGGUAGCUGUGGGUGAUAGCGGGUGGGGUAGCUGAGGGUGUAGCUGAGGGGAUGGUAGCUGAGGGGAUGUGGUGAGUGAGGGGAUGGUAGUGGGGGAGGUAGCUGUGGGGAUGGUAGCUGAGGGUGAGGGGUAGGGGAUGGUACUGAGGGAGGUGCUGUGGGGUGGAUGUGGGGAUGGUAGCUGUGGGGAUGGGCUGUGGGUCUAUAGCUGUGGGGAUGGUAGCUGAGGGGAUGGUAGCUGUGGGGAUGGUAGCUGAGGGGAUGGUAGUGUGGGUCUAGUAGCUGUGGGGAUGGUAGCUGAGGGGAUGGUUAGCUGUGGGGAUGGUAGCUGUGGGGAUGGUAGCUGUGGGUCUAUAGCUGAGGGGAUGGUAGCUGUGGGUCUAUAGCUGAGGGGAUGGUAGCUGAGGGGAUGGUAGCUGAGGGGAUGGUAGCUGAGGGGAUGGUAGCUGAGGGGAUGGUAGCUGAGGGGAUGGUAGCUGAGGGUCUAUAGCUGAGGGGAUGGUAGCUGAGGGGAUGGUAGCUGUGGGUCUAUAGCUGUGGGGAUGGUAGCUGAGGGGAUGGUAGCUGUGGGUCUAUAGCUGUGGGGAUGGUAGCUGUGGGGAUGGUAGCUGAGGGGAUGGUAGCUGAGGGGAUGGUAGCUGAGGGGAUGGUAGCUGGUGGGGUCUAUAGCUGAGGGGAUGGUAGCUGAGGGGAUGGUAGCUGUGGGGAUGGUAGCUGAGGGGAUGGUAGCUGUGGGGAUGGUAGCUGUGGGGAUGGUAGCUGUGGGUCUAUAGCUGUGGGGAUGGUAGCUGAGGGGAUGGUAGCUGUGGGGAUGGUAGCUGUGGGGAUGGUAGCUGUGGGUCUAUAACUGAGGGGAUGGUAGCUGUGGGUCUAUAGCUGAGGGGAUGGUAGCUGAGGGGAUGGUAGCUGAGGGGAUGGUAGCUGAGGGGAUGGUAGCUGAGGGGAUGGUAGCUGAGGGGAUGGUAGCUGUGGGUCUAUAGCUGAGGGGAUGGUAGCUGAGGGGAUGGUAGCUGAGGGGAUGGUAGCUGAGGGGGUGGUAGCUGAGGGGAUGGUAGCUGUGGGGAUGGUAGCUGAGGUGUUAGAGUAAAAAAAUAAUAAAAAAAUACACAUUUAAAUUGUGGACCACUCAAAUUGAGUUGCAACACUAAAAACAAUCAUAGUCAAACAUGUUACAGGCGUCAUCUAUAUUACAGGUAUGCAUAAACAAAAACAUACAGAUGAAAUCAAGUAUAGAGGAUAAAAGGACAAUUAGGAAGGCUUUGGCCUUAUUAUUAUUAUUACGUGAUAAAAUUUGACAGUUGUUCAUUUUCAUCCAGUUUGGGAUCUAAGGGCUUUGACCUACAGGGGAAUUUGAGGAACUGAGGCCCGAAAAGUCUCUUAGAUACAGUUAAGGCCAAAUAUACAGACACCUUUGCACUUUUCUUAAAUUAUUCCAUAUUUCUUCCCAAAAAAAUUUGCAAUUGAAAAAAAUGUUUGGUCUCCACACCCUGUUGUGGAUUUUGAACAUUGCAGAACCAAUUUUAUUUUUGUAAACAUAAGUUUACAAUUUCUAUUUAGAAAAUAAAGACAAAUGACAUGUAAAAAAUGAUAGCUGGUAAUUGGUUGCACAGCCUUUGGUAACUGCAGACAAACGCUUCUUGUAGCCGUCAAUGUGAUUCAGAUCUGAACUCCUCGUUGGCCACUCCAGAACAGUCCUGCAGGAAGAUCCAAUCAAAGAUGGGAGAGGUUUGAUAAUGCUGUGGGGUUGUUUUGCUUCGUCUGGUACUCAGUGGUGAAAAAAGCACCCAACUGUCAUCCUUGAGUAAAAGUAAAGAUACCUUAUAGAAAAUGACUCAAGUAAAAGUCACCCAGUAAAAUAUUACUUGAGUAAAAGUCUAAAAGGAUUUGGUUUAAAAUAUACUUAAGUAUCAAAAGUAAAUGUAAUUGCUAAGAUAUACAUAAGUAUCAAAAGUAUAAAUUAUUUCAAAUUCCUUAUAUUAAGCAAACCAGACGGCACAAUUUUCUUGUUUUAAAAAUGUACGGAAAGCCAGGGGCACACUCCAACUUUCAGACAUAAUUUACAAACGAAGCAUGUGUGUUUAGUGAGUCCCCCAGAUCAGAGGCAGUAGGGAUUACCAGGGAUGUUCUGUUGACAAGUGUGUGAAUUGGACCAUUUUCCUAUCCUGCUAAGCAUUCAAAAUGUAACGAGUACUUUUGGGUGUCAGGGAAAAUGGAUGGAGUAAAACGUACAUUAUUUCCUUUAGGAAUGUAGUGAAGUAAAAGUAGAAGUUGUCAGAAAUAUAAAGUAAAGUACAGAUACCAAAAAAAUCGACUUAAGUAGUACUUUAAAGUAUUUUAUACUUAAGUACUUUACACCUCUGCUGGUACUGGGGGCCUUGAAUGUGAAAUCAGCAGAUUGUCAAGAGUUAUGGAGUCCAAUGUUCAACCCAGUGUCCAAAAACUGGGUCUCCAUUGAAGGUUGGGGGUCUUCCAGCAGGACAACGACCCCAAACAGCCAUAAAAAGCACCCAGGAAUGGUUUAAGCAAAGAUGCCGGACUGUUCUGGAGUGGCCAGCGAAAGAGUCCAGAUCUGAAUCCCAUCCAUAACCUAUGGCGAGAGCUGAAAACAGCAGUUGGUGGAGGGCACUCCUCAAACAUUGAAGAAUUAGAGCAGUUUGCUGCUGAAAAGUGGGUCAAAUUGCCAGCAGAAAGGUUCAGCUCAUUGACGGCUACAAGAAGCGUUUGUCUUCAGUUAUCUUGGCCAAAGGAGUACGCAUCUAGUAUAGCUCCGGGGGUGUCUAUAAUUUUGUCCAUGUCAUUAAUCUUAUUUUUCUCGAAAUUAAAACUGUAAACUUAAGUUUACAAAAAUAAAAUUGGUUCUGCAAUGUAAAGAAUCCAAUAACAAGUUGUGGAGACCAAAGGUCACACAGCACUUUACUGUCCUCUUUACUACCCUGAACAGAGAAAGCCGUGCUGGCGUUUGGGAACGGGACUGACAAGCAGUCCUCCUCUGGAGCAUCCAACCAACCAGACAUGCCCAGCCCUGCUCUCGCUACCCUCAACAACCACAUCCAGCGCCUGGCAACCACGGUCCCUGGCAUCACCAUGGAAACAAAACAGAAUGUCCUGAGAGCACAGAUACCCACUCAGGUGAGGUGGAGCGGUGAAAGAGAUGCAGCGAGGGAGGAGAGGAGAGAUGGAGAGUGAGGUGGAGGAGAGGAGAGGAGAGAAACAGAGCGAGGCAGAAUAUCUACCCUGCAUCCCACACUACCCCUACAGGGCUCUGGUCAAUAGAAGUCCACUGUAUAGGGAAUAGGGUGCCAUUCUCUGGUCUAAAGUAGUGCACUAUAUAGGGAAUAGGGUGUCAUUCUCUGGUCUAAAGUAGUGCACUAUAUAGGGAAUAGGGUGCCAUUCUCUGGUCUAAAGUAGUGCACUAUAUAGGGAAUAGGGUGCCAUUCUCUGGUCUAAAGUAGUGCACUAUAUAGGGAAUAGGGUGCCAUUCUCUGGUCUAAAGUAGUGCACUAUAUAGGGAAUAGGGUGCCAUUCUCUGGUCUAAAGUAGUGCACUAUAUAGGGAAUAGGGUGCCAUUCUCUGGUCUAAAGUAGUGCACUAUAUAGGGAAUAGGGUGCCAUUCUCUGGUCUAAAGUAGUGCACUAUAUAGGGAAUAGGGUGCCAUUCUCUGGUCUAAAGUAGUGCACUAUAUAGGGAAUAGGGUACCAUUCUCUGGUCUAAAGUAGUGCACUAUAUAGGGAAUAGGGUGCCAUUCUCUGGUCUAAAGUAGUGCACUAUAUAGGGAAUAGGGUGUCAUUCUCUGGUCUAAAGUAGUGCACUAUAUAGGGAAUAGGGUACCAUUCUCUGGUCUAAAGUAGUGCACUAUAUAGGGAAUAGGGUGCCAUUCUCUGGUCUAAAGUAGUGCACUAUAUAGGGAAUAGGGUGCCAUUCUCUGGUCUAAAGUAGUGCACUAUAUAGGGAAUAGGGUACCAUUCUCUGGUCUAAAGUAGUGCACUAUAUAGGGAAUAGGGUGCCAUUCUCUGGUCUAAAGUAGUGCACUAUAUAGGGAAUAGGGUGCCAUUCUCUGGUCUAAAGUAGUGCACUAUAUAGGGAAUAGGGUGCCAUUCUCUGAUCUAAAGUAGUGCACUAUAUAGGGAAUAGGGUGCCAUUCUCUGGUCUAAAGUAGUGCACUAUAUAGGGAAUAGGGUGCCAUUCUCUGGUCUAAAGUAGUGCACUAUAUAGGGAAUAGGGUUCCAUUCUCUGGUCUAAAGUAGUGCACUAUAUAGGGAAUAGGGUGCCAUUCUCUGGUCUAAAGUAGUGCACUAUAUAGGGAAUAGGGUGCCAUUUGGGACGCAGCUCUAAAACCUCUAACAGCCACGAUAAUAGAGUACCACAGUACGAGUCAUAAUACCCAUAAAACCUAGCGGUCAAACAGUUCCAAUCGUUUUUUCCACCAUUCAUUUUUCCAAUUUAGAAACACUUAAAAUAAGGGCUGUGUUUCGUGUAGGCUUACCCUGGCGUGACGAUUUGAUAACCGUGGAAAUCUCUCUCGGACAAGGUGACUUUUAUCAAUAUAGGAAGCUCUAUUUACUCUCAGAUUCAAACAGGUCAGUCAGUGUCCCAGCUGGGUGUAUCAACAGACUCCUAAGGUGACGGUCAGUCAGUGUCCCAGCUGGGUGUAUCAACAGACUCCUAAGGUGACGGUCAGUCAGUGUCCCAGCUGGGUGUAUCAACAGACUCCUAAGGUGAUGGUCAGUCAGUGUCCCAGCUGGGUGUAUCAACAGACUCCUAAGGUGAUGGUCAGUCAGUGUCCCAGCUGGGUGUAUCAACAGACUCCUAAGGUGAUGGUCAGUCAGUGUCCCAGCUGGGUGUAUCAACAGACUCCUAAGGUGACGGUCAGUCAGUGUCCCAGCUGGGUGUAUCAACAGACUCCUAAGGUGACGGUCAGUCAGUGUCCCAGCUGGGUGUAUCAACAGACUCCUAAGGUGAUGGUCAGUCAGUGUCCCAGCUGGGUGUAUCAACAGACUCCUAAGGUGACGGUCAGUCAGUGUCCCAGCUGGGUGUAUCAACAGACUCCUAAGGUGAUGGUCAGUCAGUGUCCCAGCUGGGUGUAUCAACAGACUCCUAAGGUGAUGGUCAGUCAGUGUCCCAGCUGGGUGUAUCAACAGACUCCUAAGGUGAUGGUCAGUCAGUGUCCCAGCUGGGUGUAUCAACAGACUCCUAAGGUGACGGUCAGUCAGUGUCCCAGCUGGGUGUAUCAACAGACUCCUAAGGUGAUGGUCAGUCAGUGUCCCAGCUGGGUGUAUCAACAGACUCCUAAGGUGAUGGUCAGUCAGUGUCCCAGCUGGGUGUAUCAACAGACUCCUAAGGUGAUGGUCAGUCAGUGUCCCAGCUGGGUGUAUCAACAGACUCCUAAGGUGAUGGUCAGUCAGUGUCCCAGCUGGGUGUAUCAACAGACUCCUAAGGUGACGGUCAGUCAGUGUCCCAGCUGGGUGUAUCAACAGACUCCUAAGGUGAUGGUCAGUCAGUGUCCCAGCUGGGUGUAUCAACAGACUCCUAAGGUGACUGUCAGUCAGUGUCCCAGCUGGGUGUAUCAACAGACUCCUAAGGUGACGGUCAGUCAGUGUCCCAGCUGGGUGUAUCAACAGACUCCUAAGGUGAUGGUCAGUCAGUGUCCCAGCUGGGUGUAUCAACAGACUCCUAAGGUGACGGUCAGUCAGUGUCCCAGCUGGGUGUAUCAACAGACCCCUAAGGUGACGGUCAGUCAGUGUCCCAGCUGGGUGUAUCAACAGAUUCCUAAGGUGAUGGUCAGUCAGUGUCCCAGCUGGCAAGCCGUAAGGCUGCUGGUUGGUUUGGUGGCCUUGAGGCCUUUUGUUUGGUUUGGUGUCUUUAGUUUGUACAUGCCUUUGGUAUUUUUUCUUUUUGUACAUAUUUAUCUUUCGUCACCAUGAGCCGACCAAGAGGUCAAGACAAGACAGAGCUGGCCCUAAACUCGGUAAGUUGCUGUCUCCUGGCCACAUGUGCAUCCAACACGGUCCUCAAAACUUUGAUUUCUCACAUAAAUGCACACAUUCAUUCAGUCUAGGACCCCCGAGACAAAGCAAAUGCAACAAUGUCCGUAGGCUAUUUAAGUUUUGUCGCAUCAGCUGUCCUACGUUUAUCAGCUGUGCUGCGAAACUAGUUCGUCAGACUACUAAAAAGCCUAUGCUCUCGGUCAAGGGUCCUAGGCCUGAAGACGUGUCCUUAAGAGUAAGCAGAAAGGAGUUGUCUGUGUACUGGCAGGCAGCGUACCUUCUCCGGCUUCUGACCUCUGACCGGCAGUGUUGACCAUCUGGGCCGGACAGCUCCAGCGCUGUUUGGUCCUUCAGUUGUUUGUAGUUGAGGUUUUGCCAGGUCCCACUCGAAAAAAGAGGUUUGUCACCUAAAGGGUUUUCCCCUGGUUGAAUAAAGUUUAAAUAAAUACAGAGUAUAUACACUGCUCCAAAAAAUAAAGGGAACACUUAAACAACACAAUGUAACUCCAAGUCAAUCACACUUCUGUGAAAUCAAACUGUCCACUUAGGAAGCAACACUGAUUGACAAUACAUUUCCCAUGCUGUUGUGCAAAUGGAAUAGACAACAGGUGGAAAUUAUAGGCAAUUAGCAAGACACCCCCAAUAAAGGACAGGUUUUGCAGGUGGUGACCUCAGUUCCUAUGCUUCCUGGCUGAUGUUUUGGUCACUUUUGAAUGCUGGCGGUGCUUUCACUCUAGUGGUAGCAUGAGACGGAGUCUACAACCCACACAAGUGGCUCAGGUAGUGCAGCUCAUACAGGAUGGCACAUCAAUGCGAGCUGUGGCAAGAAGGUUUGCUGUGUCUGUCAGCGUAGUGUCCAGAGCAAGGAGGCGCUCCCAGGAGACAGGCCAGUACAUCAGGAGACGUGGAGGAGGCCGUAGGAGGGCAACAACCCAGCAGCAGGACUGCUACCUCCGCCUUUGUGCAAGGAGGAGCAGGAGGAGCACUGCCAGAGCCCUGCAAAAUGACCUCCAGCAGGCCACAAAUGUGCAUGUGUCUGCUCAAACGGUCAGAAACAGACUCCAUGAGGGUGGUAUGAGGGCCCGACGUCCACAGGUGGGGGUUGUGCUUACAGCCCAACACCGUACAGGACGUUUGGCAUUUGCCAGAGAACACCAAGAUUGGCAAAUUUGCCACUGGCGCCCUGUGCUCUUCACAGAUGAAAGCAGGUUCACACUGAGCACAUGUGACAGACGUGACAGAGUCUGGAGACGCCGUGGAGAACGUUCUGCUGCCUGCAACAUCCUCCAGCAUGACCGGUUUGGCGGUGGGUCAGUCAUGGUGUGGGGUGGCAUUUCUUUGGGGGGCCGCCCAGACCUCCAUGUGCUCGCCAGAGGUAGCCUGAUUGCCAUUAGGUACCGAGAUGAGAUCCUCAGACCCCUUGUGAGACCAUAUGCUGGUGCGGUUGGCCCUGGGUUCCUCCUAAUGCAAGACAAUGCUAGACCUCAUGUGGCUGGAGUGUGUCAGCAGUUCCUGCAAGAGGAAGGCAUUGAUGCUAUGGACUGGCCCGCCCGUUCCCCAGACCUGAAUCCAAUUGAGCACAUCUGGGACAUCAUGUCUCGCUCCAUCCACCAACGCCACGUUGCACCACAGACUGUCCAGGAGUUGGCGGAUGCUUUAGUCCAGGUCUGGGAGGAGAUCCCUCAGGAGACCAUCCGCCACCUCAUCAGGAGCAUGCCCAGGCGUUGUAGGGAGGUCAUACAGGCACGUGGAGGCCACACACACUACUGAGCCUAAUUUUGACUUGUUUUAAGGACAUUACAUCAAAGAUGGAUCAGCCUGUAGUGUGGUUUUCCACUUUAAUUUUGAGGGUGACUCCAAAUCCAGACCUCCAUGGGUUGAUAAAUUUGAUUUCCAUUGAUAAUUUUGUGUGAUUUUGUUGUCAGCACAUUCAACUUGUAAAGAAAAAGUAUUUAACGAUUAUUUCAUUCAUUCAGAUCUAGGAUGUGUUAUUUUAGUGUUCACUUUAUUUUCUUGAGCAGUGUAUAAUAAAGUACAUCCAGUCUCCAUGAGCACCCUAAAUGCCUCUCUCUCUCUCUACCAGCACACAGCACCUGGAAGUCCUAAACUGAAGGGCUAGUCUCUCUCUUCACCUGGAAGUCCUAAACUGAAGUCCUAAACUGAAGGGCUAGUCUCUCUCUUCACCUGGAAGUCCUAAAUUGAAGGGCUAGUCUCUCUCUUCACCUGGAAGUCCCAAACUGAAGGGCUAGUCUCUCUCGUCACCUGGAAGUCCCAAUCUGAAGGGCUAUUCUCUCUCUCACCACCACCACCACAAGGCACCUGGAAGUACCAAUCUGAAGGGCUAGUCUCUAUCUUCACCUGGAAGUCCUAAACUGAAGGGCUAGUCUCUCUCUUCACCUGGAAGUCCCAAACUGAAGGGCUAGUCUCUCUCGUCACCUGGAAGUCCCAAUCUGAAGGGCUAUUCUCUCUCUCACCACCACCACCACAAGGACGUCCUAAAUCUGAAGGGCUAGUCUCUCUCUUCACCUGGAAGUCCCUAAUCUGAAGGGCAGUCUCUCUCUUCACCUGGAAGUCCCUAAAUGAAGGUCUAGUCUCUCUCUCCCAACCUGGAAGUCCCAAACUGAAGAGCUAGUCUCUCUCUUCACCUGGAAGUCCCAAACUGAAGAGCUAGUCUCUCUCUUCACCUGGAAGUCCCAAAUUGAGACCUAGUGUCUCUCUUCACCAUGGAAGUCUAAACGGUGAAGGGCUAGUGGCUCUCGAUUCCCUGGAAGUCCUAAAACGAAGUUAGUCUCUUCUUCACUGUAGUCCUAAUCUGAAAGGGCUAGUCUUCUCUUCACUUGAAAUCUGAAGGGCUAGUCUCUCUCUCACCUGGAAGUCCUAACUGAAGGGUCUAGUCUCUCUCUCACACCUGGAAGUCCAACUGAAGGCUAGUCUCUCUCUUCACCUGGAAGUCCUAAAACUGAAGGGCUAGUCUCUCUUCACCUGGAAGUCCUAAACUGAAGGUCUAGUCUCUCUCUUCACCUGGAAGUCCUAAACUGAAGGGCUAGUCUCUCUCUUCACCUGGAAGUCCUAAACUGAAGGUCUAGUCUCUCUCUUCACCUGGAAGUCCUAAACUGAAGGUCUAGUCUCUCUCUUCACCUGGAAGUCCCAAACUGAAGUCUAGUCUCUCUCUUCACCUGGAAGUCCUAAACUGAAGGUCUAGUCUCUCUCUUCACCUGGAAGUCCUAACUGAAGGGCUAGUCUCUCUCUUCACCUGGAAGUCCUAAACUGAAGGUCUAGUCUCUCUCUUCACCUGGAAGUCCUAAACUGAAGGGCUAGUCUCUCUCUUCACCUGGAAGUCCAACUGAAGGUCUAGUCUUUCCUUCAUCUUCUUCACCUGGAAGUCCUAAACUGAAGCAUGCCCUUUCUUUACAACUCCAAAACAGAAGUUGCUCAGAUGCCUUUACGGAUCUAAAGCUACUGGAUAGUAACACAGGAAGCAGACAGUCAAACUUAAAACUCAAUAGGUCUAUCCUCAUUCUGCCAUUACAAGCAGGAAACACCGGAGUCCGUACAACUGCAAGAGUCUAUGUUCUUUUUGUUCAAACAAUUCCCUUUCCUUCUCCCCAGAUGAAUUAAAUAAGUGUUCAACUGCUUUUAACUAACGAUGGUUGUGUCUCCCCCUGAGUUAAUGAGAACGAUAGACCUUAUGGAGGUGAUAAUGAAGGACUGGACUCCUUCCACCCCCCAGGGCUGGAGACCAUGGAGCCCCUCCACUCCACCUGUUGCCCUGGGCUUACCCUUCCACUGGUGCCUUCACCUGACGCUAAUCUACAGUAGACCCUGGUUUGGGCCUGGUCUGGGGCCCCAUAGGACCCAACUACAGUCCCUGACCUGGGGGAAGGAGAGAAGAGAUGUACAUGUUGUACCAGGAAGAGGAAUGGAUUUCUCUCCUCCUUGCUCCCCUUCACAAACUGAGCUCUUCUCUCCUCACUACCCCCCCUGUCACCAAACCACACUUCUGCUCCUCCUUGAUCCCCCCUUCACACAACCACUUUCUCCUCCUUACUCCCCUCUUCACAAAAAGCAGCUCUUCUCCCCUGCCUUACUACUCCCCCUUCACCAACUUAUUGGUGAUCUCACAGUGGACACCUACUAUUUUGGGGAUCUCGUGGUGCCCCUGGAAGUAAAGAGAGUGGUCCUAUGUCCGGAAGGAUUCCAGAAGUCUAGCCCAUUUCCCUGAUAUACCCAAAUGAGACAUCUCUUCUCCCUUAAGCCAAAUGAACUCUAUCUCAUCUCCACCAGGAAGUUCAAAUUUCUUCCUCUUUACUGGAAGUCCUAAACUGAGAGUAGUUCUCUUUCACCUGUAGUCCAAGAACGUGUUUUUCCCGGAAGUCCUAAACUGAAGGUCUACUUUCCCCUUUACCUGGAAAGUCCCCAAAAUGAAGGUCUUCUCUCUCUUAAAAGGGCUCUUGGGGCUAAACCCCCCUCUCCAAUUGAAGGGGCCCCUCUUCCUUUCUCCCUUUUGACCCCGUUUUCUUCCCGGUUGAGGUUUCCUCCCUUCCCCAGUCCUAAAAAAUUCCUUUUCCCCCUUCCCCUAAACCAAAACAAGGUUUUUUCCUUCACCCCCCCUAAUUUUUUCUUUCAUGGUUUUUUAAAAAGGGCUCUCUUUCCCUUCCUAAAUGGUCGUCUUUCCCCCCCUUCCAAAAAUGGCCCCCUUUUUUUCCUUUCCUUUUAACUCCUCCCCUUUCCCCCGGAAACCUAAACAAUUAUCCCUUCUUUUACCCCUAAAUUCCCUCUUUACCAACCCCCCAAAAAACCUUAUUCUUCUUACCUAAUCCAACAAAUUUUGUCCCCCCUUUCACCUUCCAAAUGGGUUUUCCCCUUUCCCGGCCCCCGGGCAGCCCCUUCCCUUCGUUAAUCUUUCUCCCUUUACUUACUCCAAACUAAAUAUCCUCCUUUUUCCCUUUUCUAAACCCCCCCCCUUCCUAAAUUAAACUGGGGCUUUUCCUUUCCCCCCCUUUCCCAAAAUAAUCUUCUCUCUCUCCCCCUUUUCCCCUCUUGCCCUCCUCUUUUCCAACCUAAACCCCCCCCCUUUUCCCUUCCCUUGCCCUUUUUCCCUCUUACCCCAAUCCCCAAAAUGAAGCUGCCCCCCUUUUUCAACUAAAAGGGAAAUUUUUCCCCAAAUCCCGAGGGAAACUGGAAAGCAAAACAAAAUAACUUAAACCCCAAUUUUUUUUCUUUUCCAUUCAAAGGAAACCCGUUUCCCCCUUUCCAAAAAUGUUUUUUUGUUCAAACAUUUUCCUUCUCCCCAAUUAAAAAAUUUACCUUUUUUUGUCCCCCAAUGAAUAGCUAAAUUUGGGGGGUAGGGGAAAACGGGGCCCCCUCCCCAGGGGUAAAACCCCCCCCCUUUUCCUUUGGGGCCCCCACUCUGGGGGCCCCUCCCUGGAGUCCUAAAAGGUUUGGCCCCUUUCCCCUCCAAGACCCCCACUACAGUCCGACUGACCUGGGGGUGGAGGGAGAGAGAGAUGUAAAUGUGUAAAGGAAGAGGAAUGGAUUUUCUCUCCUCCUUACUCCCCCCUUCACAAACUACUCUUCUCUCCUCCUUGCUCCCCCCUUCACAAACCACUCUUCUCCCCUCCUUACUCCCCCCUUCACAAACCACUCUUCUCCCCUCCUUGCUCCCCCCUUCACAAACUACUCUUCUCUCCUCCUUGCUCCCCCCUUCACAAACCACUCUUCUCCCCUCCUUACUCCCCCCUUCACAAACUACUUUUGGUGAUCUCACAGUGGAACCACCUCAUCUAUUUUGGUGAUCUCGUGGUGCCCCUGGAAAGGAAGAGAGGGUAC